GGUCCGCCCAGCUGUCAGUUACGGGGGCGGCCCGGCAGGCGGGCGGGCGGGCGCUCGCUGGCUGCCUCUUUGCUCGCUUGCGCGCGCUCCCUCUCGCCGCCUGUGGGGAAGUCGGGGCAGCCCGAGCGGCCGCCGCUACAGCCUCGCCCCGACCUCCUCCCAGUCCUUUCCUGGCUCAGUCCCUCCCGCGUACCCCUGAGUACUGAGUGGCCCCGCGGAAGGUUCGGAGAGUCACCGGGGCGGCGCCGGGUGGUGUUUAAACCAUGUUAAGGAGGAUUUUGCAGAGGACUCCUGGGAGAGUUGGCUCUCAAGGUUCUGAUUUGGAUUCAUCAUCAGCUCCUAUAAACACAGUGGACGUCAAUAAUGAAAGCUCUUCAGAGGGUUUCAUCUGUCCAUUAUGUAUGAAAAGAUGUAUAACUGCUAUUGAUUUGUCGGAGCAUUACCAGAAAGUGCACGCUGAAAAUGAGACAAGAGGACAGGAACUUCUUCUUAAUGACUCCAGUGUUACUGGUUUCAUAUGUCCCCAGUGUAUGAAAUCUCUUGGAUCCGCUGAUGAACUUUUCAAACACUAUGAGGCAGUCCACGAUGCUGGUAAUGAUUCGAGUCAUGGAGGGGAAGCUCUGGCUCUGAAGCGAGAUGACAUAACACUACUCAGACAAGAGGUCCAAGAUCUACAGGCUUCACUUAAGGAGGAAAAAUGGUACUCAGAAGAAUUAAAGAAAGAAUUAGAAAAAUUUCAAGGGCUGCAGCAGCAAGAGUCUAAACCUGAUGGAUUAGUGGCUGAUUCAUCAGCAGAACUACAGUCUCUGGAACAGCAGUUAGAAGAAGCCCAAACAGAAAAUUUUAAUAUUAAGCAAAUGAAAGAUUUAUUUGAACAAAAAGCAGCCCAACUUGCCACUGAAAUUGCAGAUAUAAAGUCAAAAUUUGAUGAAGAAAGGAGUCUUCGAGAAGCUGCUGACCAGAAAGUAACACAUGUAACAGAAGAAUUAAACAAAGGAGCAACUAUAAUUCAAGAUCUAAAGACUGAACUGCUUCAGAGACCUGGAAUAGAAGAUGUUGCUGUGCUUAAGAAAGAACUGGUCCAAGUUCAAACGCUAAUGGACAACAUGACCUUGGAACGUGAGAGAGAAUCUGAAAAACUCAAAGAUGAAUGCAAAAAGUUACAAGCAGAACAUGCUUACUCACAGGCCACAAUAAACCAGCUGAGGAGUGAACUUGCCAAAGGCCCCCAGGAAGUUGCUGUGUAUGUGCAGGAACUACAAAAACUUAAAAGUUCAGUUAAUGAAUUAACACAAAAAAAUCAGAACUUGACUGAAAAGUUGCAGAAGAAAGAACUGGACUAUACUCAGUUAGAGGAGAAACAUAAUGAAGAAUGUAUGAGUAAAAAGAAUAUACAAGCAAGCCUUCAUCAAAAAGACCUAGAUUGUCAACAGCUUCAGUCAAGGUUAUCUGCAUCUGAAACCUCACUGCAGAGAAUACAGGCAGAGCUAGGUGAAAAGGGAGAGGCUACUCAAAAGCUCAAAGAAGAAUUAUCAGAAGUGGAGACCAAGUACCAGCAUCUUAAGGCAGAGUUUAAACAGCUACAACAACAGAGAGAAGAAAAGGAACAGCAUGGAUUACAACUCCAAAGUGAACUUAAUCAAUUACACAGCAAACUUCUGGAGACGGAGCGCCAACUAGGGGAAGCUCAUGGUAGGCUGAAGGAACAGAGACAGCUUUCAAGUGAAAAGCUGAUGGAUAAAGAACAACAAGUGGCUGAUCUACAGCUCAAACUUUCUCGUUUAGAAGAAGAGUUGAAGGAAAAAGUAACAAAUUCCACAGAAUUGCAGCAUCAGUUAGAUAAAACAAAGCAACAGCAUCAAGAACAACAAGCUCUUCAGCAAAGCACUACAGCAAAACUUCGUGAAGCUCAGAAUGAUUUAGAACAAGUACUACGUCAAAUUGGUGAUAAGGACCAAAAGAUCCAGAACCUUGAAGCCUUAUUACAGAAGAGUAAAGAAAAUAUUUCUUUACUAGAAAAGGAAAGAGAAGACCUUUAUGCAAAAAUUCAGGCUGGUGAGGGAGAGACUGCUGUUCUUAACCAGUUACAAGAAAAAAACCAUACAUUACAAGAACAAGUAACUCAACUAACAGAGAAGCUGAAGAAUCAGUCAGAAAGUCAUAAACAAGCCCAGGAGAAUUUGCAUGACCAGGUGCAAGAGCAGAAGGCACAUCUCAGAGCUGCACAGGACCGCGUCCUUUCCCUAGAAUCCAGCAUUAAUGAAUUAAGUAGUCAAUUAAAUGAAAGCAAGGAGAAGGUCUCCCAGCUUGAUAUACAGAUUAAAGCCAAAACUGAAUUAUUGCUGUCAGCAGAAGCAGCAAAAACUGCUCAAAGAGCAGAUCUUCAAAAUCAUUUGGACACAGCCCAAAACGCAUUACAAGAUAAACAGCAGGAGUUAAAUAAGAUCACUACUCAGUUGGAUCAGGUCACUACAAAGUUGCAGGAUAAGCAAGAACAUUGCAGUCAGCUGGAAGGUCAUCUUAAAGAAUAUAAAGAGAAAUACCUCUCUUUAGAACAGAAAACUGAAGAAUUGGAAGGUCAAAUUAAGAAACUAGAAGCCGAUACUCUUGAAGUUAAAGCAAGCAAGGAGCAAGCUUUGCAGGAUCUACGAGAGCAAAGACAGCUGAACACAGAUUUAGAACUUAGAGCCACAGAAUUGAGUAAACAACUUGAAAAGGAGAAAGAAACAGUAUCCAAUACAAAGUUGGAUCUACAGAAGAAAUCUGAAGUGCUUGAAAAUAUUAAGCAAAUGCUUACCAAGCAAGAAGAAGAAAAAAAAGUCCUUAAACAAGAAAUUGAAAAUUUAAGUCAAGAUGCAAAGAUGCAGCACAAGGAAUUGAAUAACAAAAUUCACACAGCAGUAACAGAACUACAAAAAGUGAAGAUGGAGAAAGAAACUCUAGUAGCAGAGCUUUCUGCAGCAAAAGAGAAAUUAUCAGAAGUUUCUGAUUCUUUGAAGAACUCCAAAAGUGAAUUUGAAAAGGAAAAUCAGAAAGGAAAAGCUGCUGUAUUAGAUUUGGAGAAAACGUGUAAAGAAUUAAAGCAACAACUUCAAGUACAGACAGAAAGCAUGCAUAAGGAACAGAAUGAACUGAAAAAGUCACUUGAAAAAGAGAAGGAGACUUCUCAUCAGCUGAAGCUGGAGCUCAGUUCAAUGCAGGGACAAGUCAUACAGGCCCAGAAUAGUUUAACACAAAAAGAAAAAGAAGAACAACAACUUCAGAGUGACAUAAAUGAGCUAAAGCAAUUGACUGAACAGAAGAAAAAGCAAAUUGAAGCACUCCAAGGAGAAGUUAAAAUUGCUGUUUCACAGAAGACAGAACUUGAGAAUAAACUACAGCAGCAGUCAACACAAGCAGCACAGGAACUUGCAGCAGAGAAAAAGAAAAUAUCAGUGUUACAAAAUACCUAUGAAAAAAGUCAGGAAAGUCUAAAACAGCUUCAGUCUGAUUUCUAUGGGAAGGAAUCUGAACUUCUUGCCACAAGGCAAGAUCUUAAGUCUGUAGAAGAGAAGCUUUCUCUAGCACAGGAGGACUUGAUUUCAAAUAGAAAUCAAAUUGGAAACCAAAAUAAAUUGAUUCAAGAACUGAAGACCACCAAGGCUACUUUGGAGCAAGAUUUAGCAAAGAAAGAACAGCAACUGAAGGAGCAGAGUAAAGCACUACAGGAUAUACAGAAAGAAAAGUCACUGAAAGAAAAAGAACUAGUAAAUGAAAAAUGUAAAUUGGCAGAGAUAGAGGAAAUUAAGUGUAGACAAGAAAAAGAAAUUGCUAAAUUGAGUGAAGAACUCAAGUCUCACAAGCAAGAAAGCAUAAAGGAGAUAACAAAUCUCAAGGAUGCCAAACAGCUUUUGAUUCAGCAGAAAUUAGAGCUUCAAGGGAAAGUCGAUUCCCUGAAGGCAACCCUUGAACAGGAGAAGAAAACCCAGCAAAUGCUAAAAGAGCAGAUGAAAAAGGAAGAAGAUGAGCUGAAGAAAGAAUUUAUGGAUAAGGAAGCUAAACUGCUUUCCGAAAUAAAAGAAAAAGAAGUAGGAAUGAAGCAGCAUGAAGAAAACGAGGCUAAACUUACCAUGCAGAUUACAGCAUUAAAUGAAAACUUGGGCACCAUAAAGAAGGAGUGGCAGUCUAGUCAACGGAGAGUUAGUGAGCUUGAGAAACAGACGGACGACUUACGGGGUGAAAUUGCAGUAUUGGAAGCAACGGUUCAGAAUAAUCAAGAUGAAAGGAGGGCACUACUAGAAAGGUGUCUUAAAGGAGAAGGUGAAAUAGAAAAGCUUCAAACCAAAGUACUAGAAUUGCAAAGAAAGCUGGAUAAUACAACUGCAGCAGUGCAGGAACUGGGCAGAGAGAAUCAGUCCCUUCAAAUCAAACAUACACAAGCAUUGAAUAGAAAGUGGGCUGAAGACAAUGAAGUACAAAACUGUAUGGCCUGUGGGAAAGGCUUUUCAGUAACCGUGAGACGGCAUCACUGCAGACAAUGUGGAAAUAUCUUCUGUGCUGAGUGCUCAGCCAAAAAUGCCUUAACUCCUUCUUCCAAGAAGCCUGUUCGUGUCUGUGAUGCAUGUUUCAAUGACUUGCAAGGAUAAUGGAUUAUCGCAAAUUCAGAGUAAUAUUACACUAACAUUAGAUUUUUAAUAAUACACAUAAUAGAGAUCUUGAACUACUACUAUUCAGUAUGGACAGUGGUUGCAAUACUAAACCAAAUUAGAAUUCAUAUAUUUUGGAAUGUUAUCAAGUAAAACUCUUCUAUUUUUGUGAGACUGGAGCCCAUCUUUCAUUACUUUUUUCCAUUUACCCCGGAACAGCUUUCAUGCCAAGUUUAGAAGUAGCCAAUGAAAUGUAAAUAAAUUUUGGACGGAAAAUAGCAAAGUAUUUUUUUAAAUAUAAUUUCAUUGUUCAGAAAUGACAUGAGUGCACUUCCAUAGCUUACUUCUUCUUUCUCCCACAUUUAGUAUCAAGAAAUGUACAUGGGUGAUGUUACCAUAUCAGAUAUGUUGCACAGUAACACAUUAUAUUAAAUAUUCUCAUUGUGAAAUGCAUAGAACUAUAAAGCUUUUUUCCCUUAUACACAGGUCCAUAGCUCAGUUGCGUUGUUAUGUUACAAAUGUACUACUCAAGUGUUCCAAAUACAGAUUAUAUUUAAAUAUUAACCAUGAAUUCAAACAUGGUUUUUAUUUUAACAAUAUUGAUUAAAUUCUCUUGGGUGGAUUUUAUGAAAACCUCUGGAAAAUUAAUUUGCUUAUUUUAUGGUUAUCCUUGGGUUGUAUUUUAAAGAUUAGGGUUAAUUUUUCUUUUUGUCUUUUUCUAUCUCAUUUUCAAACUCCCACGUAGUCUUAAUUAAGCAUCCUACAAAACUUCCCACCCUCAUCCCCAGUUGGAAGGUGAAUAAUAGAAGUGUAUAAUGGUCCUAUUUUCUGUUUAAGUGAGUCUUCUGAGAUUAGCCUUCAUUUCAUAUCCUCAUUUUGUCUCUCCAGCAUCUUCAAGAAUCUGAAUUUGCUUUUUUAAUGGAUCUGCUUUUUUCAAGGUAAUUUGGUUUAACCUUUCUCAAGCAUAGCUCAGCUUCACUGUAAUUGUUUUAUAGGUUUUGCAUCUUAAAGCUAGUAACUGAUAUUGCUAUAGUCUUAUCUGUGAAAACAAAUGCAAAAUGGUAAGGAGACAUUAAAUAUUCUGCUUUAUAUUUUCUGCUUUAUAUUCUCUUCUUACCUAAUAGGGAAGAAUUUUUUAAAGUUUUAAAUUUGACUUAAAUUUUAAAAGGUUCUGAAUUUGGGGUUCCAUAUCAACUGUGUAUCUGUUUACUUUGCUAAAAUAAUGCUAUGAAAUUACCUUGAAAUAAGUUGGAUAACAGAGUAUCGCCAAAAACAGAUGUAUUUAGGAAUCCUCAAAUUAUAACUAGAACUGAACAGAAUGGCAAAUUGAGGGUAAUUAAAAAUUAGCUUAUUUGGAUGCUGAACAAUGGGACUGAACUUUAUCAUCUUAUUAAUUUGGAAAAUUGGAGAACAUCUGAAGAGAAAACUCAUUAAUACUGGUUUAAGAAGAAAUGUAAAGAUAUAUAUUCAUUCAGUGCAAUCAUUUGGUAAUAGGGAAGGAUGGGAGCUAAUAUUUCAUUUACAAUACAUAGUUUGAUGUACACUUGCUUUCAAAUAUCAUGCUGAAAUGAAAUUAUCAUGUUUAUGCUCUUCCUAUAAUGUAUACAAAGAGAUUGCCAUAUUUUCAUUUAAUU